GGGGGUGACUUUCAUAGCUGGUUUGAAAGAGAUGAAACCUCAAAUACAGUAUCACCCCAUAAAAGGGUCAAUGAAGAAUAUAAAUAUGAAGAGAUGGUGGAUGUAGAUGUGAUGAGUGAUGGAGAUGGGCUGGAUAUGGCAGAUAUGGAUUAAAAUACACAACAAAUUAUAGAGUUGAGGAAAUAAGGUUACACUAAUGUAGACAUUAUGAGAUGCCUUGGAAUUACAAAACCUCAUUUAGAAGAGUUUGGAUAUAUGGCUGCCAAUGUUGAAGGUGGACUGGAAGGAGGUGGACAGGGUAAUGAAGAAGAAGAAGGACAUGGACAAGGAGGUGGAGAUGGAAAAGGUAAUGAAGAAGAAGAAGGACAUGGGCAAGGAGAUGAAGUGGAAGGAGGUGGAGAUGGACAAGAAGGAGAAGGAGAUGGAGAAGAAGAAUAUGGGGAAGAAGAUGGAGAAGGAGAUGAAGGAGAUGGACAAGAAGAAGAUGGAGAAGGAGAUAAAGGAGAUGGACAAGAAGAAGAUGGAGAAGGAGUUGAAACUGAAGAUGUGCAAGGAAAUGAUGAAGGUGGAGAAGGAGUUGAAGUUGAAGCUGAAGAUGUUCAAGGAAAUGAAGAAGGUGUUCCAGUGAAUGAUCCAGUACAACAAGGGAAUUUUGGGAAUAGUAUGCAACAAAGAACAAGGAGACCCUCAGAGAGGAUCAUUCUUCAGAAGCUGAAAAAGAAGGUAGUUGACCCUUUUGGUAUAGGAAUGUGUGAAGAUAAGGCAUUAGUUAUAGGUUAGGGAUAGGGGUUAUCAUCUUUUGGUUCAUAUUUUGUAAAAGGUGGUACUAUGUAAACUGUUGCAUACCAUUUUUUGGUUCAUAUUUUUCAUACCAUCUUUUGGUUUAUAUUUUGUAAAUGGUGGUACAUAUCCACUUAUAUUGGUUCAUAUUUUGUAAACAAUUAUUGGUAAUUAAGCAAGGG